GAGAGCGCUUGAGCAAUGAGCAAGUAAACAUGGCGUUACCGGGCAGCGUUGCUCGAUUGUGUUGUCUGGCCGGACGAACUGUCAACUUUAUUUCAGCGAGACAAAGACCAAAAAUUGUUCUCUGGACGGCGAGAAGACUAUUCAUUACGUCGCCUGCGAACAACCUGCAGUUCCGCCUUGAUGAGAAGACAGCUCACAGCAGUCUGGACCUCUUUAAGAAAGACACAGGCGUCAUUUAUCGCAUGCUGGGUCUGGACCCCAGCCACACGCAAGACAACCCCGAGCGUUUUCGUGACUGGGCCGUGGUGUUUGGCGACGAGAAGAUCACCGCCGGGCGCCACUACUGGGAGGUGACGGUCAAAAGGUCCCAGGAGUUUCGCGUGGGCGUGGCCGAAGCGCUGAUGUCCCGCGACGACUGCGUGGGUACCAGCAGCUCCUCAUGGGUGUUUGGCUAUGCUCAGCGCAAGUGGUUUGCCAUGACCAACAAUAAGAUCGUUCCCGUCACCUUGGUGGGCAAAGCGGACCGUGUGGGAAUCUUGCUGGACUUCGAAACGGGUACUCUGGGCCUGGUCGACAUUGAGAAACAAAAGAUCGUUCAUUCCAUUAGGGGGCGCUUCAAGAUUCCCCUCUGCCCUGCGUUUGGACUUUGGGAUGGGGAGCUGCUCACGCACUCGGGUUUGACAGAGCCGGAGGGUCUCGAGGGAUAGCGCAAUUAGGCCUGCAAAGGACUGAUUUGGGUGAUUUCAACAAAAAGUGUCCCGUUCAAGCAUUUUGCUGUGUGUUAAUCUGACAUGCAUGCUAACUUGAUAGCUCACCUCGCUGACACGCAAAGACAUUAUAGUGCCUUAAUCGUCCAAUUUUGCUUCUCAGUUCACUUAGUCAGCAGAUCAUAAGCUUGCUCAUUCAAUUUCUGGGUUAUGUAUCAUUGACGAAGAAACUGCUUGUAAGCACUGAUGGGGCUAAGAUUUUUUUCCUUAGGGGGGCGAGGUUAUCUCAGAUGGUCCGCAAUAUUAUUCAGAAAACCCUGAUUAAGAUUCAUUAGAUGUUCCUUUUGUGGGAUGAGUGGAAAUGCCGAAAAGAAUUACUGGAAGAAUUGGGAAACACUCAAAAGCCGAUUAUCUACUCUGGUCCAAGUGUAUUUUAAGGGGGGGGGGGGUGACGGUGCCCUCACGGCCCCCCUCUAGCUCUGCCAAUAAGUAAAACAAUAAAAUAAAAUAGUAACUUUGGGCACUUGGGAGUCAAGAGCGCUCUGCUUGCAUGAAAUAGGAUUGUUAGUCAAUAUAACAUCCAACAUUAUUAAGUCUCCUUUCAAGAGCCAAUUUUGUUAAUUCCUUACUUGUGUCCAUAAAUUAACUUUGUAAUUAUCUAAUACUGUCUCAUAUAAUAGUGUUCACAAGUGAGGCUUGUCAAAUCAAUUUUGACGCAGCUUGUUAAUGUUGAUCAGGCCAUGCAUUGAUCAACUUUUCCGGUGCUACACACACACACACACGGUUAUGUUAAUAUUGUAUAUUGUUUAUUAAAAGAGCAUCACUUCAA